AACAGAACAAUGCUAACACCUAAAGUUUGAUCAGUCCCCUCCUUAGAUACAGAAUCAACUAUCCCAGCAUCAUCAAGGUACUUCCUUGAGUGUAGUAGUUUAAAAGCAGGCACCUGGUGCCUCACAGUAUCAGUAGGAACAGGGAGAAUAUCUGUUCAGGUGGACCAGGAGGACUCGUUAGAAGAACCAUCAUGGCACUCCAAUGGGUGAAGCCGUGGAUCGCUCUCGUCUUCGGACUAUCUGCUGCACAUUCUAACACUGUUAUGAUUCCAGAUAUGACUUCCAUUGGGAGUCUAUAUGAUUCCAAACUGCAAAUCUUAUCAGCAGGAGUGAGUCCCACUCAUAACGGGCAGGUCUGCAGCACAUGGGGUAACUACCACUACAAAACCUACGAUGGAGACUUCUUCCAGCUGCCCUACACCUGUAACUACGUGCUGUCGUCGUUGUGUAAGAGCAGCAGUGGCUACGAGGCCUUUAACAUUCAGCUGCAGCGCGGGGAGGUAGAUGGGCUGCCCACCAUCACCAAGGUUUCUUUGAAGCUGGAUGGAACCUUCGUGGAGCUGGCCAACGGUAACGUCAGCGUCAACGGAUUAAAGGUCACCAUACCAUUUGGUCAGUUUAACAUCUUCAUUGAGAGGACUGUUUCCUAUGUGAAGAUCACAGCCAAGCUGGGGUUAGUCGUCAUGUGGAAUGAAGAUGAUUCCCUCUGGGUGGAGCUGGACUCAAAGUUCCAGAAUCAGACUUGUGGGCUGUGUGGAGACUUCAACGGAGUCCAGAUUUACGACGAGUUCAUUAGUCAUGGUGAUCAUCUGAAGACAAUCGACUAUGGUGAUAUUUGGAAGAUGAAUGGCCCAACAGAGACCUGUACAGAAAUCCCUGGUCACACUGAACAGUGUGAAGAACAGACCGAACUUUGUGAGCAGCUUCUCACCAGUCUUGCCUUCAGUAGCUGUAAGGACCUGAUUGCCACAGACUCCUUCAUCAAGGCCUGUGCAGAAGACAUGUGUCACUGUGGCAACAGCAGCAGCAGUUCCUGCGCCUGCCCCACCAUGUCCGAGUACUCCCGCCAGUGUGCUCACGCAGGGGGGAAACCCCAAGAGUGGAAGACCGACCAGUUCUGCAUGAAGACGUGUCCUUUAAGCAUGCAGUACCAGGAGUGUGGUAGUCCCUGCACUGAUACCUGCUCCAACCCAAAGAGGAACCAGCAUUGUGAGGAACACUGCACCGACGGAUGCUUCUGCCCUGCUGGAACCGUGUUUGAUGACAUCACUCAGACUGGCUGUGUAGCUGUGAACCAGUGCUCUUGUCUCCACAACGGACAAACUUACCAGCCUGGACAAUCAUUCUCAAGAACAUGCCAUGAAUGUACCUGUAACCAAGGCCAGUGGAGUUGUGUGGAUCUAGAUUGCCCAGCUACCUGCUCCAUAGUGGGAGGUUCCCACAUCACCACCUACGAUGAGAAAGCCUACACCUUCCAUGGAGACUGCUCAUAUGUCCUGUCCAAGCAAACCAACAAGACUGCUUUCACAGUCCUGGGUGACAUAGUGAAAUGUGGGAAGACGGACAUUGAGACCUGCCUAAGAUCUGUAACCCUGGUGACUCCAGAGUCCAUGAUUAUCGUCAUCGAGGCCAGUGGAAAGGUCUUUGUCAACAAGAUGUUUUCUCAGUUGCCGCUUUUCAUGGCGGAUGUAAAGAUCUUUCAGCCCUCUACGUUCUACAUCGUUGUGCAUACCUCUUAUGGGCUCCGACUAGAGGUGCAGAUAACACCUAUAAUGCAGGUCUACAUCGUAGCUAGCAGUUCACACAAAGAAAAAACCCAGGGUCUUUGCGGAGACUUUAACAGCAUCCAAGCUGAUGACUUCAGAACCAUCAAUGGACUCGUGGAAGGAACCGCUGAAUCAUUUGCCAACACGUGGAAGAACAAAGCAAGCUGUCCUGAUGUGGCACAGAGCUUUGAGAUCCCAUGCAGUCUGAGUGUAGAGAAUGAGAGAUAUGCCAAGCACUGGUGCUCGAUGCUGUCAGAUCGUGCAGGAAUAUUUUCCCAAUGCCACACUGAGAUCAACCCAAAUUACUACAAGGAAAUCUGCCUAUAUGACAGCUGUAACUGUGAGAGGAGUGAGGAGUGCAUGUGUGCUGCGGUCUCCUCCUACGUCCAUGCAUGUGCUGCUGCAGGCGUCCUGCUCAGUGGAUGGAGAAACACCACCUGUGGGAAGUACUCCUCUAGCUGCCCUGACACGAUGGUCUAUGACUACACCAUGACCAGCUGUGACCGCACCUGUCGUUCACUGAGCCAGCCAGACUUUACAUGCCAGUUAGACCAUGUGUCUGUGGACGGCUGUGGCUGUGCCGAGGGAACCUACCUGAACGACCAGGGAGAGUGUGUCCCUGCCUCACGCUGCUCCUGCUACCAUGGAGGCACAGUAGUACCCCCUGGAGAGGUCACCAGGAUCUAUGGGGUUACUUGCUCUUGCAGACAAGGGAAAUUAAGCUGUGCUGGAGAACCAAAACAAUUAUCCUGUGAAAAACCAAUGGGUUUCUUCAACUGUUCAAGUGCAGGGCCCGGAGCCAAGGGCUCAGAGUGUCAGAAGAGCUGUCAAACACUAGACAGUCACUGUAUCAGUGCAGAGUGUGUGUCGGGCUGUGUAUGUCCUGAUGGUCUGCUGUCUGAUGGAAACGGAGGAUGCAUCAAGGAAGACCUAUGUCCCUGUUCUCACAAUGGAGUCUACUACCAACCUGGACAUGUGCUCAAAGUAGACUGCAAUACCUGCACCUGCGAAGGGAGAAAAUGGCAGUGUACCAAUAAGGAGUGUGAUGGGAUGUGUGCCAUAUAUGGAGAUGGGCAUUUCAUCACUUUUGAUGAGAAAAGGUUCACUUUCAAUGGAGAUUGUGAAUACACUCUUGCUCAGGACUACUGCAGCAACAAUGCAAACGGUACCUUCAGAGUGAUCACAGAGAACAUUCCCUGUGGAACCACUGGCACCACCUGUUCCAAGGCCAUCAAGCUCUUCUUGGGGAGCAAUGAGAUCAUACUAGCAGAUGAAUCUGUAAAAGUGAUCAAACAAGAGAACGGGGUAGACGUGCCAUACCAGGUCCACUCUAUCGGUCUCUAUGUUGUUGUUGAGGCUGAAAAUGGCCUGAUACUCAUGUGGGAUAAGAAGAAUAGCCUGUUCAUCAAACUCAGCUCUACCUUCCAGGGCCAAGUGUGUGGUCUGUGUGGAAACUAUGACGGUAAUGGAAAGAACGACUUCACGUCCAGAAACCAGGAAGUGGUGGUUGAAGCUCUGGAGUUUGGAAACAGCUGGAAAGUGUCACCCAGUUGCCCCAACGCUGAUGUCAUAAAAAACCCAUGCACUUUAAGAUCAUACAGGCAGUCCUGGUCUCUCAAACGCUGCAGCAUCAUCACCAGUAAGGUUUUCUCAGCCUGCCACUCACAGGUGGACCCCACGCCAUUCCAUGAUGCCUGUGUGAGGGACUCGUGUGCCUGUGACACUGGGGGAGACUGCGAGUGUUUCUGUACAGCUGUAGCAGCCUACGCCCAGGCCUGUAACGAGGCAGGGGCUUGUAUCAAGUGGAGAACACCAGAUAUCUGCCCUCUGUUCUGUGAUUUCUACAACCCUAUUGGUGAGUGUGAGUGGCAUUAUAAUCCGUGUGGAUAUCCCUGUAUGAAGACCUGCAAGAAUCCCUCAGGAACAUGCUCCAGUCAGAUCCCUGCGCUGGAAGGUUGCUAUCCAAAAUGUCCUUCGGCCAAGCCUUAUUUGGAAGAAAGUACCAUGAAGUGUGUCAGUAAGGAGUACUGUGGUUGCUACGAUGGAGAUGGAACUCAUUACAACGAGAGAGAGGUUAUACCUUCCAAGGAGAACUGUCAGAAAUGUCGUUGCUCAUCAACUGAGGUCAGAUGCAGCUAUGAUGUCCAAGCUUGCUAUUGUUUAUACGGCGGCAGAACGUACCCGUAUGGAGCGACCAUAUAUCACACAUCUGAUGGUGAUGAGACCUGUAUUGCUGCCACCUGCAAAGAGAACGGAACCAUUGUCCGGAAUAUGAAUCCCUGUAGCACCACAACUCCACCAAGUGUUACAACAACACAGAUAUCCACUCAAGCACCGACCACAACUGUAUUUGUUUUCUCAACUCCUACCGCUACCCCAACCACAACUCCUACCACUACCCCCACAACAACCCCUACCACCUACACAACCGCUACCACUACCCCCACAACAACCCCUACCACUACCCCCACAACAACCCCUACCACUACCCCCACAACAACCCCUACUUCACCAACAACCACUUCACCCACUACUACUCCACACUGCCUGACCAAGACUGUCUGUGAUUGGUCAGGCUGGAUUGACAGUCACUAUCCUACUAUAGAAACAGGAGGAGAUUAUGAAACCAUAGAAAAUAUAAGGAAAUCUGGUAUUGAUAUUUGUAGCCAACCUAAGGAAGUAGAAUGCAGAGCCAAAGACAUCGAUGCUUCUUUGGCCGAACUAGGUCAAAAUGUUAAAUGCAAUCCCUCAGUUGGACUGAUAUGCCACAACAAGGAUCAAGGCACCCCACCAAUAUGCUACAACUACGAGAUCAGAGUCAGAUGUUGUGUUGAUGUUUGUAGCAAUGAGACAACUACCACCUCAGAAAGGCCCACAACAACCAUUACAACAUCAACAACUAUCCCAACAACAACAACAACAGAAAGUCCAACAACAACAACUACCCCAACAACAACAACAACAACAACAACAGAAAGUCCAACAACAACAACAACAACAACAACAGAAGGUCCAACAACAACAACAACAACAACAACAGAAGGUCCAACAACAACAACAGAAAGUCCAUCAACCACAACUAAGUCAACAACUCCAUCCACAACAACAACAGAAAGUCCAACAACCAUAAUUAAGUCAACAACUCCAUCCACAACAACACAAGUAACAGAGGAAGUUACAACUGGUCCAGAAUCAACAACACCUACCACCACUACCCCCACAACAACAACCACCACCACAGGAAGUCCAUCAACCACAGUAACGGCUGAGACAACAACAUAUUCCACAACAAGAGAAACAACAGGGGAAAUUACAACUGGUCCAGAAUCAACAAUACCCACAACAACCAUUACAACAACAACAACAACAACAACAACAGAAAGUUCAACAACAACAACAGAAAGUCCAACAACAACAACUACCCCAACAACAACAACAACAACAACAACAACAGAACGUCCAACAACAACAACAGAAAGUCCAACAUCAACCACAACAACUAUGUCAACAACAUAUUCCACAACAAGAGAAACAACAGGGGAAAUUACAACUGGUCCAGAAACAACAACAACGACAACAACCAUUACACCCGCAACAACCCCUUCCACUACCCCCGCAACAACCCCUUCCACUACCCCCUCAACAACCCCUUCCACUACCCCCACAACAACCCCUUCCACUACCCCCUCAACAACCCCUUCCACUACCCCGACAACCCCUUCCACUACCCCCGCAACAACCCCUUCCACUACCCCCUCAACAACCCCUUCCACUACCCCCGCAACAACCCCUUCCACUACCCCCUCAACAACCCCUUCCACUACCCCCGCAACAACCCCUUCCACAACCCCCUCAACAACCCCUUCCACUACCCCCACAACAACCCCUUCCACUACCCCCACAACAACCCCUACCACUACCCCCACAACAACCCCUACUUCACCAACAACCACUUCACCCACUACUACUCCACACUGCCUGACCAAGACUGUCUGUGAUUGGUCAGGCUGGAUUGACAGUCACUAUCCUACUAUAGAAACAGGAGGAGAUUAUGAAACCAUAGAAAAUAUAAGGAAAUCUGGUAUUGAUAUUUGUAGCCAACCUAAGGAAGUAGAAUGCAGAGCCAAAGACAUCGAUGCUUCUUUGGCCGAACUAGGUCAAAAUGUUAAAUGCAAUCCCUCAGUUGGACUGAUAUGCCACAACAAGGAUCAAGGCACCCCACCAAUAUGCUACAACUACGAGAUCAGAGUCAGAUGUUGUGUUGAUGUUUGUAACAAUGAGACAACUACCACCUCAGAAAGGCCCACAACAAUCAUUACAACAUCAACAACUAUCCCAACAACAACAACAACAACAACAACAACAACAGAAAGUCCAACAACAACAACUACCCCAACAACAACAACAACAACAACAACAACAACAGAAAGUCCAACAACAACAACUACCCCAACAACAACAACAACAACAACAACAACAGAAAGUUCAACAACAACAACUACCACAACCCCUACCACUACCCCCACAACAACCCCUACCACUACCCCCACAACAACCCCUACCACUACCCCCACAACAACCCCUACUUCACCAACAACCACUUCACCCACUACUACUCCACACUGCCUGACCAAGACUGUCUGUGAUUGGUCAGGCUGGAUUGACAGUCACUAUCCUACUAUAGAAACAGGAGGAGAUUAUGAAACCAUAGAAAAUAUAAGGAAAUCUGGUAUUGAUAUUUGUAGCCAACCUAAGGAAGUAGAAUGCAGAGCCAAAGACAUCGAUGCUUCUUUGGCCGAACUAGGUCAAAAUGUUAAAUGCAAUCCCUCAGUUGGACUGAUAUGCCACAACAAGGAUCAAGGCACCCCACCAAUAUGCUACAACUACGAGAUCAGAGUCAGAUGUUGUGCUGAUGUUUGUAGCAAUGAGACAACUACCACCUCAGAAAGGCCCACAACAAUCAUUACAACAUCAACAGCUAUCCCAACAACAACAACAACAACAACAACAACAACAGAAAGUCCAACAACAACAACUCCCCCAACAACAACAACAACAACAACAACAGAAAGUCCAACAACAACACCAACAACAACACCAACAACAACAACAACAACAACAACAGAAAGUCCAACAACAACAACAACAGAAGGUCCAACAACAACAAGCACAACAACAACAGAAAGUCCAUCAACCACAACUAAGUCAACAACUCCAUCCACAACAACAACAGAAAGUCCAACAACCAUAAUUAAGUCAACAACUCCAUCCACAACAACACAAGUAACAGAGGAAGUUACAACUGGUCCAGAAUCAACAACACCUACCACCACUACCCCCACAACAACAACCACCACCACAGGAAGUCCAUCAACCACAGUAACGGCUGAGACAACAACAUAUUCCACAACAAGAGAAACAACAGGGGAAAUUACAACUGGUCCAGAAUCAACAAUACCCACAACAACCAUUACACCAACAACAACAACAACAACAACAGAAAGUUCAACAACAACAACAGAAAGUCCAACAACAACAACUACCCCAACAACAACAACAACAACAACAACAACAGAAAGUCCAUCAACCACAACAACUAUGUCAACAACAUAUUCCACAACAAGCGAAACAACAGGGGAAAUUACAACUGUUCCAGAAUCAACAAUACCCACAACAACCCCUACCACUACUACCCCAACUACUACCACAACAACAACUCAGAUGAGGACUACCUCUGAGGAAACGACAACAGCCACCACCAAAGUAUCUACCACAACAACAGGCCUCACUGUAGUCACAAAUCUACCAUACACAAUAGCAACUGGAAAGCAAAUCUCAACUUUGACAAUACAGACAGAAGAAACGACUACAUCAAACCCAACCACAACCCCUUCCACUACCCCCACAACAACCCCUACCACUACCCCCACAACAACCCCUUCCACU